CAAGGCAUACCUUCUUUGUGGUGGGGAAUAUCGGCUUCAAUGCUUCGACAAUCGACUUACUCGACCGCACGUUUCGGCUUGUACAAUUAUUUCGCACGGGAAGCGCGACAGAAAACGGGUCAACAAAAGCUGUCAAGUUCGUGGGAAAUUGCCUGUGCGGCACUCGCUGGAGGCAUGGCAGGCUUCAUUGGGAAUCCUACUGAGGUGGCCUUGGUAAGGAUGUGUGCUGAUGGAGCCAAAGCCCCAGCCUCAAGAUUUGGAUACAACCACGCCUUUGAUGCACUGGUAAGAAUUGGGCGUGAGGAAGGCGUGCGCACAUUUACAAGAGGGCUGGGACCCAAUGUUGUGCGUAGUGUCAUAAUGAACGUAUCUCAAAUAGCAACAUACUCGGCCGCGAAACGUGGACUACUAGCAAACCAAUCACUUGGAUUGCAAGACGGAAUGCCGACACAUUUCCUUGCUUCUUUACUGGCUGGUACUGUUGCAACUACUGCAUGUGCACCGGCAGAUGUUUUGAAAAGUCGGGUUCAAAAUGCCGUGACAAUUGAUGGCAGCGUUACCAAGAUCAUAGUCGAGUCCUUCAGAAAUGAGGGACCUCAAUUCCUCAUGAGAGGCUGGACUCCUGCGUGGCUUAGACUGGCGCCCAACACUGUGCUUACAUUCAUCUUUAUUGAGCAAUUGCAGAAACUUGUAAAUAUGUCGAGAGAAAUCAGUACU